CUCCUGCCGCGGGCACAGGAUGGCUGGCGCGGCGCCGCGGGUCGACUGCCUAGCGGGCUUCCGCUGUUCGACCGGGGGCCUGGCGGCGGGCCGGCCGUGCGUGCUGGCCCUCGGCGCGGAGGUCUUCCUGUCCACCGGGAGCGAGCUCGUCUACGUCUAUGACAGGGAGGCCCGGCGGCCGAGAGCGGUCUACGAGUUUCCCGGGCAGGUGUGGCAUCUGGAGCUGCUGACCCCCCGCCGGGCGCUCUGUGUCCUGUGCGCCCGGAAAGGCGUCUACUGCGCCCCGCUGGACACUCCGAGCAGGUCAGUAAGCCAGGCCAACGGUGCCAGCAAGGAUGAUGCGCCCCCUUCUGGUGUGAUCCCCGUGGGCCCAGACGCCUGCAUCCUCCCUGAUGCUGCACUUUGUGCUUUCACCCUGCUCGACAACAUGCUUGUCACCGUGGCACAGGGCCCAGCUACGUGGAAGAUCCAACUGUUCAAGCGGCCAUGCCUAGGGCAGGACCUGAGGCCAGCAGCCCAGAUUGGCGAGGUGGUGUUUCCUACCGGUGCUCCCCUGGCUGGGGGCCCUGAGGAACCUCCAGCCCCCCACUUCUUCCCAGUGCUCUGCUAUGUGUCCCCACCAAACUCCAGGGCCCCUCACAGUCGCCUCCAGGGCCCUGGGGGCUUCACGCUGCAGGGGGUCCUCUUUGGUCUGCUCUUUGGGGCUGACGCUGCCCUCCUGGAGUCACCUGUGGUCCUCUGCGGCUUCCCUGACGGCCAGCUCUGCUGUGUGGUCAUCAAGACGCUGGUCAACUCAUGGGCAGCCCCUGGGGACCCGAGGGCCCUGGUUAGGAUCCUCCACCACUUAGAAGAGCCCAUUGUCUUCAUUGGAGCCUUGAGAACAGAGCCUUGGGCCCCAGAGGCUGUGGGGCAGGAGCUGCCGGGCAAGGACACACAUGCCGACUGCCUGGUGGCCCUUGGCCACCAUGGCCGGACACUGGCCAUCAAGGCCAUCGAGGAUAAGGUGGGGAAUCUGGUGCCAGAGCUGCGGGAGUACCGCCUCCCAGGGCCUAUGCUGUGCGCUGCCUGUGGUGGGGGUGGCCGCAUCUACCACAGCACCCCCUGGGACCUCUGUGUUGUGGACCUGGCCCAGGGCAUUGCUCCCGAGGGUGCCAUGCAGCCUGGCCUGCCCCCCAUUCUGUGUCCGGCUGGCCUGAGUAUUUGCAGCGUUGUGGCCCUAUCGGUGUCACCCGGGAUUGCCAAAGAGGACACCGAGCUCCUGGUCCUGUCCGCCAGAGGCCGCUUGAUGGCCUGCAACCUGGCCCUGGACCCCACGGCGGCCUGCCCAGCCAGGAUGACAGCAGCUCAAGCUGGCCGGAAGAUCAAGGACCUGCUCUCGGGCAUAGGCAGCAUCUCUGAAAGGGUGUUCUCUCUGAAGAAAGCAGUUGACCAGCGGAACCAGGCCCUGAUGUGCCUCCACGAGGCCCUGGAUGUGAGCUGUGCCUUGCUGUCCCACCAGAGCAGCCCUAAGCCCAUCGCGUGCAGCAUCACCACCACCUGGAGCCGCCAGGGCCUAUGCAAUGAACUGAUGGCCACCUGCCAGCUGGUGAACCGUGGCACUCACAGCCUCGGCCCUGGCUGGGCCUGGUGCAUCCAGGUGGUUGCUAGCGCCCGCGCCUUCGAGCUGGAUGCGGCUGGCACCACCACCACCUACACGGUUCCGGUGCAGCAGCUGGCCCCUGGAGCCCAGCGUGAGGUGACGCUGUCUCUGGGCUUCGGCGAGGAUGGCGUGCCUGAGCUGCCCGUGACCAUCUCCUGCGCGCUCUUCUACAGCCUCAGAGAGGUCAUGGGUGGGGCAUUCACCCCCCUAGGCGCCACAGAGGACCCCCUCUGCCAGGCACUCCCCCUAGACCUGCUACCCACACGGGACGGUAUCUGCCUGCCCCUGGGCAUGCACACCGUGGGCCUUUUGCAGUGCCUCCGCUUUCCUGGCUUGGCUGUGCCCGGCACACAGGCAGCCCGCCUCACCAUGCUGCCCACUGACCCUGUGGACACCUUCCUAAGAGCCUGCCACCAGCAGGGCAGUGUGCUGGUGGGACCUGCCACCCUUCGGGCCAAGUACCUGUCCCCGUCUGUGGCCUCCAUUCAGGUGUCAGCGGAGCUGCUGAGGGCCGCUCUGGACGAUGCGUGCACAGGUGUACCCCUGUGCUGUGCCACCCUAUGGUGGUUGCUGGCCGAGAAUGCUGCCGUGGACGUCUUGAGGGCCCGAGCGCUGUCGUCUGUGCAAGGAGUGACCCCUGAUGGCGUCGACAUCCUCCUCACAGUCCACGAGGUGGCCGUGACCGACCUGUGCCCUGAAGGCCCCAUUCAGGCCGUGGAGAUCCAGGUGGAGAGCACCUCCCUAGCCAACAUGUGCCGGGCACACCAGGCAGUCAUCAGCCGGAUCCAGACGAUGGUGGUGGAGCAGGCUGCCCGGGGCUCCAGCCCGCCUGACUUGCACACGCAGUGCCUGCACCAGAUUCACGCCAACUACGAGGCACUGCUGAGGGAGGUGCAAGCCCUGCGUGACCGGCUGUCCCUGGAGGACGAGGCCAGCUCCCGCGCCACCGCUGAGCAGCUCCUGCAGGUGUACCAGCAGCUGCGCAGCCCCAGCCUCGUCCUCCUUUGACCACAGGUGUGCCCCACCCGCACUCCCGGGCCUGCUUUGGUCCUUGACAGUGGGCAGCGCCCUGGGGCCUUUGCAGAGAAAGAGCCAGAACAAAAAGGCUGUUUUCCUGGCCCAGGUGCUGGCCCUGGUGUGAGCUACCUCAGGGGUCUUUGCCUUCGGUCUGAGCAACAGAGCACAGCCCUCAUCGCCCACUGGGCCCUGCCCACCCAGCUCACAUGGCCCUCACUGUCCACUGGGGCCCCACUCGCCCACAUGGCCCUUUCCGCCCCGGGGGCCCCUGCUCCCACUCCUACGUGGCCUUCAUCCACUGGGGCCCCGCCUGCCCACAUGGCCCUCACUGUCCACUGGCACCCUGCCUACACUGCAGCAUGCUCCUCCUUUAGUCCGCCCACCACUCUGGAGAGUGCAAUGCAAUGCAAACCAGCCCCCUAGCUUUUCAGCGCCCUGUCACCCUCCCUCUCUCCCAGCAGCUGCCUUUGCAUGGGAUGUCACUGCUGGCGUAGCCCUCGAGAUUGGUGCUGAAUCAAAACCUCCCCUUCGUGAAGGAGCUACAGUGCCCGCGCCCAGGACACAGUGUUGUGGGCCCUUGGAGGCCGAGAGAGGCGGGCUGGUUGUGACUUAUCCUCCUCUCUGCUGCUCUGGCCUGCAGGAUUUCCCCACACUUGUCCGCCUGUCUGCGGCCUCCCUCGAGCCACAGCCCUGCUCUCUGUGGCUCCUGGGGUCCCUGGGAGGUGCUCCUGUGACUGAAGCACAAAGACCAGGGAGUCCUCACAGUGCCCAGUUCUGUCAGUGGGCUCUGGGCCACCCCAGGCCACAGCAUUCCACAACCAAGUGCCUCUUGGGGCUGGUCCCUAGCACUGUGUGGUGGCACCCCAGGGCCACCGGGGGUGGGGACUGUGGCCCAGGGACACCCACGCUCUGCCUUCUCUCUUCUGGUGCUGGUGUUGCAUUGUUUCAGAGGGAUAGGAGGGGUGGGCAUCUGCGGAUCUCCACUGGCUGGUCCCCCUGCUGUAAGCAGCACCCUCCGGGCGUGUUUUGCAGCCAUACAAGAACUUCUGUUUGAGGAUCUCCAGGCAUGACUGGUUUUUUCACUCUCCAACAUCUGUCCUUGGAAACCCUGGUGGUGUAGUGAUUAAGUGCUGCGGCUGCUAACCAAAGGGCUGGCAGUUCGAAUCCGAUAGGCACUCGUUGGAAACUCUAUGGGGCAGUUCUACUCUGUCCUAUAGGGUCGCUAUGAGUCGGAAUCAACUUGACUUCACUGGGUUUGGUUUUUGGGUUUUUCUUCGGUCCCUGGGGCGUCCCAGGGUCACAUGGAGCCGACCCCUCUGCACUCUCCUUCAGUAGCUGACCCCUGCAAGGGGUCUCGGUGCUUGGGGUGCUCUGUGGACAGGGCCCCUCGAGCCCAGACUGUCCUGUGGUCGAUGGUCACCAGGGAGGACAGUACACCCUCCCCCUCCAGAGGUGCUUCAGGUCCAGGGUCUCCCUCAGAAACCUGUCUGCCCUUGCUCCUCAGACCUGCCCACGGCCUCACUCACCAGCACAGGCUGCAUAGGGUCCCCAGCCACCCACAGGGCUCACCUACUUGGGUCCCCACGGGGGCCAGCAGGACACAAGGCCUGUGAGCCAGAAGACUGUUCCCCAGGCGCUCUUCCCCCCCGCCCCGCCCCCACAAACUCCUGUCUGUCCCAUGUGCCCCCACGGCCUUUCCCCUCCAAGAGACUUCACUGCACUUUUACAGCUGUCUGGGCUUGCAGGAGGGGGCGUCCCCCACCCACCAUUUCCACAGAAUAGGGGGUGUUGUGGGGGACAAGGGUGCCCCCACUUUCUCUGUACUGGCCGCACUCCAGGCCUGGUGCUGUGGAGGCGGCCAGGGCUCCCAGCUCCACUUAUUCAAGUGUCCGAGGCCAAGGGCACUGUCUAGCCAGGAUCAGUGAGACCCUGUCCUUGAGGUCCCACGAAGCGGGCAAGCCGGCAGGGGUCCCUGGCAACACAUCCCUGCAGGUGGGCCCCAGCCUGCCCGCCCCUCGUAACACGCUUGCCCACCCGGCCGCCACCAGGGGCAAGGCGGGAAGGGGCCGC